AUGUCUUCUGUUAUAGAAGAAGAUGCUGGACCUUCUUCAAAAGUAGGCUCAAGUGAUGUCCCAAGUGGACUCCUGCAUGUAAGAGAAUCUGAUAGAAAUCCUACUCUGCAUACUUACAAAGAGGCUUUUGCUGGUCAUAAAGUUGUCAAUGUAGAUACUCGUGAUCGGCUACAUUGGCAUAAGUGUUGGAGAAGAAGAACUACAGCUGUCAAUGAGUCAGAAAGCCUUUCUGACAUUGAUGAUUCUGAGGUGUCCGUUGUCAUUGGCAUUUUAUAUGAAUUUCUUUCAAGUUCCGCUAAGCUUGUCUUUUGA